AAAUAUCGCUACAAUUAUUAAAUUACAUGUUUUUUUGAAAUAAUCUUUAAACCGUAAAAGUUAUAGUGAAUGACUAUUUCUAAAAAGAAGGUUUAAAAUUACGAAAAAAAUAUUAGCAAAAUGUCCGCAGAAAACAGUGAACAGCUUCCGCCAGAUGAACAAAGCUUUGAAAAGACAAGAGAGAAUCAAAUAAUUCCAGAGACGCCAGCUUAUGAAGAAAUAGCAAAAGAUGGAACACUACCUCCUGCUAGCGUUGACGAGUUCAAUUAUUUGAAACGAAAUGAGUUUACUUCUGAGAUUUACAAAAUCGAAGUACGAAAUUUAGGCUACUUUGGCAUUGGGGAAUUCAAAAAGCUGCUUAAAUCCAAACUAAAUCUGAAUAUGACUAAAAUCAAAUCUCCACUACGCAAAGAGUUCGCAUUUGUGUGUUUUCGUAGUCAGGAAGACCAGGAGCGAGCAAUAGAAACACUAAAUGGGUAUAAGUGGAAAGGGAAAGUGCUACAAGCUACUGCUGCCAAAGCGUCUGCAGAUCCACUGCAGAAGCGUCGCAAUGAGAACGCGCAAAAAGAGGAAAAAGAAGUACAGCCAAAACGCCAGCGUACGUCUGCUGAUGCGAUCUGUCCCUAUGCUUCCAUUCCUUAUGAGGAACAGUUGCAAAAGAAAAACAACGAGAUGCAAGAACUUCUGAGAAAAUUCACAAACAAACUGCGAAAUACUAAUUCGGCAGCUAAGAAAUACUUGAACGCUUUCAAAUUUGAAGGAGUAAAAGCGUCUCCACAAAUCAAUGGGUAUCGAAAUAAAAACGAGUUCACAGUUGGUAAAAAUGCGGAAGGUGAGAUCGUAGUUGGUUUCCGUUUGGGAAGCUAUGCUGACGGAUCUGUGGAGGUUUCAGAAAUUCAAGAUUUGCCUCAUAUACCUGACUCAGCUAAAUGGGCAGCCCAUAGUUUUCAAGACUUUGUUAGAAGUUCAAACUUUCUGCCCUUCAACCCAGAAGAUAACUCCGGUCACAUCAGACAGCUGAUGGUGCGUACAUCUGCGCACACCGGGGAGAUAAUGUUGGUAGCUGGCAUUUAUUCUUCGAACUUAAACGAAACUGAAUUCGAAAACUUGAAAAAGAAACUAAAGGAAUACUACGAAGCAUGUCAUGACGAAGCGAAGGGAUUCAAAUGCACCUCACUGUACUAUCAAGAUGUGAAGCAUCGUGAGGCUGGCCAAAUGGUGUCACCCGUGGGCCACAUCUCCGGUAGCACGCAUAACACGGAUACCAUACACAGUUUAUCUUUUAAGAUAAGUCCACUCGCAUUCUUUCAAAUAAAUACGCAAGGAGCCGAAGUGCUCUAUGAUAAGGCAAUUGAGUUAGCCGCACCACAGCCUCGUUCUACAGUGUUAGACAUUUGUUGUGGUACCGGCACAAUAGCUCUGGCCUUUUCAAAGCAUUGCAAGCAAGUACUCGGUGUGGAAAUUAUACCAGAAGCAAUUGAGGAUGCCGAGUUCAACGCGAAGGCCAAUAAAAUAGAAAAUUGUAAAUUCUUUGCGGGCAAUGCCGAUGACUACAUACAGUCGAUGGUGCGUGAAGUGGUAUAUGGCAAUGCGCCUGGUGCGCCUCUGGACUUGAUAGCCGUAGUAGAUCCACCUAGAGCGGGGCUCCAUAACCGGUCUAUAGCCGCAAUACGCGCUGCUACAGCAAUUAAACGCUUGGUCUACAUUUCCUGCAAUCCGGUGCAUGCACAACGUAAUUGGAUUGAACUUGGUCGACCAGAAUCGAAGCAAUAUAAAGGAGAUCCAUUCUUUCCGAAAACAGCGAUUGCCGUUGAUAUGUUUCCACAUACCACGCACACAGAAUUGGUGAUUCUCUUUGAAAGAUUUGAACAUUCCGAUGGUAAAGAAGAAACUGGGAAGGUUAAAUGCGAAAUUAAUGCAGAUAUCGAGGAGAAAGGAAGUAAGGAAUCCGAUAUUAAGAAGCCAGAUACAGUAGAAAAUCAGAAUUAACCUUGUUUACAUAUCCUUGCAAAUGUAUUCAUGAUGUCGUUUAGCAGUUUUGCUACUUUUUUGUGAAAAGAAAAUACAAUGUCCCGUUUUCUAUGAA